AUGCUUUUACUGAUCGUAUGUGUCUUUAGUUUGGCCGCCGGGUCGCCAGUUGACGGUCCAAAUGCCUACGACACGAUAGUCAUCGGCCUGGGCUCGGCCGGCGCCACAGCGGCUGCUGAGCUGGCCCGCUCUGGCCGCAAGGUGCUGGCCCUGGAGGCCCAGGGCCGCGUCGGGGGCAGGGUCCACACGGUGCCGUUUGGAGACGGAGUCGUGGAGCUGGGUGCUGAAUGGAUCCACGGUAACGUCAGCAGCCGCACAUACGCGCUGGCCACCGAGCACAACAUUGACACUAAAGUCCAGUCCCUGAUGUUGGACCCUUACCGCUCAGAUGGUACCAAACCUGACGUGGCCUUGGUGAGGGAACUGGUGGAUUUGGACUUCACAGAAGAAAAUCCUGACCCGCCAGAACCUCUUGGCACUUUUGUUACUAAGAAAUUCAUGGAAUACAUCACAAAGAACAAACCAGAUCUGCUCAAAGACCAGGACUUCAUCACCGAGUACUUGGAGUUCUGGAACCUGCUGACCAACAACCUGGAGUCUUCCAACGAUUGGAAUGACGUCACGACCUGGGAUGUGUACGAGCAGCUGGGCGGUCCGCAGGCUAUCAGCUGGCAUCGGCACGGAUACAAGACUUUCUUCGAGAUUAUGCUGAACAAAUACAACAACGGUCCCGGCCUCCAGAACUUGGACAUGAAGUUGAACACAGAAGUGACCCGCAUCAUCACGCCGCAGCACCCCAACGAGACUGUUACUGUGCAGUGCAAAGAUGGAGCUUCCUACACCGCCAGACAUGCCAUUGUGACCGUGUCUCUUGGAGUACUGAAGGCUACACAUACCACACUCUUCUCGCCGCCCCUUCCUCCAGAAAAACAGACAGCCAUAGACAAAGUGAGCAUAGGCGUCGUCGGCAAGGUGAUCCUGUCGUUUGAGAAGGCCUGGUGGCCUAAGGAUAUUACGCUCUUUGCCUUCAUCUGGAAAGGAGACGAUAAGAAAAAAGUCCCCGCUGAAGACUACUGGACGACCAGAAUACUUGGGGGUCACCCGCCCAUGGGGUCCGGCAACUCGCUGACCCUCUGGACCAGUGGCGAGGUCGCUAAACAGGUGGAGAGGUUGCCUGAAGACAUCCUGAAAACGAAGUGCGUGGCGCUGCUGCAGCGGUUCAUGGGUGAUGCGCUGAAGAUCACCGUUCCCGCCCCCACCGGCGUCCUUAGAUCGACAUGGUACUCGAACCCGUACACGCGCGGCAGUUACACGUACGACAACCUGGAGGCCCCGCGGUACCCGCUGGCGCGGAAAUGGCUGAGUUACCCGCUCCUAGACUCGGCGGGCGAGCCGCGCGUACUAUUCGCAGGAGAGGCCACGAACGAACGGCACUUCAGCACCGUGCACGGAGCCAGCGAGACGGGUCGACGCGAGGCCGAGAGACUACUACUAAUGAUCCGUGGCGAGGCCGGAAACCAUAAUGUUAAAGAUUUUUAAUUUUUAUAUGAAACCCACCGACUUAGAUUAAAGCCGAUAUCAUAAAAUUGUAUUU